AUGCAGUUCGACUUCGACUGGCUUGCGGACGGCAUACCCACCUGCUUCGGCGAGAGGCUACUGGUCACGGCUCUGUUGUCCGUCGCCAUCCUUCUGUUCUCGAUAUACUUCGUCACCAAUGCAUUUCACACACGAGGGGAACGUGCCCUUCGAUACACGGUCGCAGUUCCUCCACAGCUGGACAAGGACUACGAAUGGAAACUCGAAGAGGUAGAUAACCCACGACCUGCCACACCCGAGAUUCACAAUGGCUGGAUAUACCCCCGAUGUUCCGCAGAUGGCCGCAGCCUAGGUGACCCCAUUGCUCCUGCAACACCCUCCUCCAUCGACAAUGCCAUUUCGGCCGCUACCCAAGCUCAACUUCAAUGGUCGCGGACCAGUUUCGCCGAGCGGCGGCGAGUGCUCCGCACCCUUUUGCGAUACGUACUUGACCAUCAGGAAGAGAUUGUCACGGCCUGUUGUCUGGACAGUGGCAAGACCAAGAUUGACGCCUGCUUUGGUGAAAUCCUGGUGACUGUUGAGAAACUACAGUGGACAAUAAAACAUGGUGAAAAAGCCUUAUCGCCGUCAAGGCGGCCUACGAACCUUCUCAUGUGCUACAAAGCCAACACUGUUCUCUAUGAGCCUCUAGGUGUGGUGGCUGCUUGUGUCAGCUGGAACUAUCCUUUCCACAACUUCAUCUCGCCAGUCAUCUCGGCGUUGUUCGCAGGCAACGCAAUUAUCGUCAAACCCAGCGAGCAGACAUGUUGGAGUAGUCUGUACUUCAGCAACCUCAUCCGAGGAGCCCUCCGGGCCUGUGGGCACAGCCAGGACCUGAUCCAAAAUGUGAUUUGUCUACCAGAAGUUGCGGAUUACCUCACCAGCCAUUCUGGACUGAGCCAUAUCACCUUCAUUGGGAGCAGAGAAGUCGCUCACAAGGUCUGCACGUCGGCUGCUAGAGCACUGACUCCGGUCACGGUCGAGCUUGGCGGCAAGGACCCGGCGAUCGUUCUCGACGACCCUAAAACGAUCGGGAAGAUACACGAGGUUACAGCUAUCCUGAUGCGCGGGGUUUUCCAGUCCGCUGGACAGAAUUGCAUCGGCAUCGAGCGCGUCAUCGCUCUCCCAGAUAGUCACGACAGGAUUGUCAGGCUUGUGCUCCCCAAAAUUCAGUCACUACGUCUCGGCUCCGUUCUCCUGUCCCCUGCGAGUUUACCUCCAGACAUGGGCUCCAUGAUCUCGUCACGCAAUUUCCAACGUCUGGAGGAUUUAAUAUCUUCGGCCGUUGCGCAGGGCGCGAAGCUCCACUGCGGCGGGAGGCGAUAUCUCCACCCGACGUAUCCCAAUGGAACGUAUUUUCAGCCUACUCUCCUCAGCGAUGUCACCGCUGACAUGGAGAUUGCGCAACAUGAGCUUUUUGCCCCGAUCUUUCUGCUCAUGAAAGCGCGCACGGCGGACGACGCGAUCGUCAUAGCAAACUCGACGCCUUUUGCCCUCGGCGCGAGCAUUUUCGGCCAUCACCAGGAUGAUGUGGCCAGGUUCGUUACGGGAAUCAAGGCUGGGAUGGUGGCGGUGAAUGAUUUCGGCGCGUACUAUGCUUGUUCGAUGCCCUUCGGCGGCGUCAAGGGUUCGGGAUACGGCCGGUUUGGCGGAAAAGAGGGGCUGCGGGCGCUGAGUAAUGUCAAAAGCGUAUGCGUCGAUGCAUCCUGGGCCACAGUCUUGGGGAUCAGAACAACCAUCCCGCCCAAAUUGCAGUAUCCUGUCAGCAAAGACGGAUGGGACAUUUGUAAAGGUGUGGUGGGCACCGGAUAUUCUUCAGGCUGGAGGGAAUGGAUUGCGAACGUGAUCGGUCUGGUGUCCGCACUGACACGGAGAGAUUCGAGUGCUGGAGAUCAGUCACACAGUCGAGUCAACCAAAAAGUACAAUGA